AGUUCCUGCGAUGAUAACGUCCUAUCCAAACACGACCCUGGCCACUCAGGGUCAGAAGAAAGAAAUGAGUUGCGCGGCCCAUGGUGAGAAGCCCAUCAUAGUCCGCUGGGAGAAGGAAGACCGGAUCAUUAACCCUGAGAUGGCCCGUUACCUCGUGUCCACCAAGGAGGUGGGAGAGGAGGUGAUCUCUACUCUGCAGAUUUUGCCAACUGUUAGAGAAGACUCUGGCUUCUUUUCCUGUCAUGCUAUCAAUUCUUAUGGGGAGGACCGUGGAAUAAUUCAGCUCACAGUGCAAGAGCCCCCAGACCCUCCCGAAAUUGAGAUCAAAGACGUGAAAGCACGCACAAUCACCCUCAGGUGGACCAUGGGGUUUGACGGCAACAGCCCCAUUACGGGCUACGAUAUUGAAUGCAAAAAUAAAUCAGACUCCUGGGAUUCUGCUCAGAGAACCAAAGAUGUUUCCCCUCAGCUGAACUCGGCCACCAUCAUUGAUAUCCACCCUUCCUCCACCUACAGCAUCCGCAUGUACGCCAAGAACCGGAUUGGCAAGAGCGAGCCCAGCAACGAGCUCUCCAUCACCGCGGAUGAGGCAGCUCCUGACGGCCCACCUCAGGAAGUUCACCUGGAACCCCUGUCAUCUCAGAGCAUCAGGGUCACCUGGAAGGCUCCCAAGAAACAUUUGCAAAAUGGGAUUAUCCGUGGCUACCAAAUAGGCUACCGCGAGUACAGCACUGGGGGCAACUUCCAAUUCAACAUUAUCAGUAUUGACACCACUGGGGACAGCGAGAUUUACACCCUGGACAACCUCAAUAAGUUCACCCAGUACGGCCUGGUGGUGCAGGCCUGCAACCGGGCCGGGACGGGACCUUCUUCUCAGGAAAUCAUCACCACCACCCUCGAGGAUGUGCCCAGUUACCCCCCUGAAAAUGUCCAAGCCAUAGCAACAUCACCAGAAAGCAUAUCAAUAUCCUGGUCCACACUUUCCAAGGAAGCCUUGAAUGGAAUUCUCCAGGGGUUUAGAGUCAUUUACUGGGCCAACCUGAUGGAUGGAGAGCUGGGCGAGAUUAAAAACGUCACCACGACACAGCCUUCCCUGGAGCUGGAUGGCCUGGAGAAGUACACCAACUACAGCAUCCAAGUGCUGGCCUUUACCCGCGCCGGGGACGGAGUCAGAAGUGAGCAGAUCUUCACUCGGACCAAAGAGGAUGUUCCAGGUCCUCCUGCAGGAGUGAAGGCAGCUGCAGCCUCAGCCUCCAUGGUGUUUGUGUCCUGGCUUCCCCCUCUCAAGCUGAACGGCAUCAUCCGAAAGUACACUGUAUUCUGCUCCCACCCGUAUCCCACAGUGAUCAGCGAGUUUGAAGCCUCUCCUGACUCAUUUUCCUACAGAAUUCCCAACCUGAGUCGGAACCGUCAAUACAGCGUGUGGGUGGUAGCCGUGACUUCAGCUGGAAGAGGCAACAGCAGUGAGAUCAUCAUGGUGGAGCCAUUAGCUAAAGCUCCAGCACGAAUCCUGACCUUCAGUGGCACAGUGACUACUCCAUGGAUGAAGGACAUCGCCUUGCCUUGUAAAGCUGUUGGGGACCCUUCACCUGCAGUAAAAUGGAUGAAAGACAGUAACGGGACACCCAGCUUAGUAACGAUUGAUGGGCGGAGGAGCAUCUUCAGCAACGGAAGCUUCAUUAUCCGCACAGUGAAGGCGGAAGAUUCCGGCUAUUACAGCUGCAUCGCCAAUAACAACUGGGGAUCAGAUGAAAUUAUUUUAAAUUUGCAAGUACAAGUUCCACCUGAUCAGCCUCGGCUUACGGUGUCCAAAACGACAUCUUCUUCCAUUACACUCUCAUGGCUCCCUGGGGACAAUGGGGGCAGUUCCAUCAGAGGAUACAUAUUGCAAUACUCCGAGGAUAACAGUGAACAGUGGGGAAGUUUUCCAAUCAGCCCAAGUGAACGUUCUUAUCGCCUGGAAAAUCUGAAGUGUGGUACUUGGUAUAAGUUCACUCUUACUGCCCAAAAUGGAGUGGGACCGGGGCGCAUCAGUGAAAUCAUAGAAGCGAAAACAUUGGGGAAAGAGCCCCAGUUCUCGAAAGAGCAAGAACUCUUCGCCAGCAUCAACACCACACGCGUGAGGUUGAACCUCAUCGGCUGGAAUGAUGGCGGCUGUCCUAUCACCUCCUUCACACUGGAGUACAGACCCUUUGGGACCACGGUCUGGACCACAGCUCAGCGGACCUCUCUUUCCAAGUCCUACAUCCUAUACGACCUGCAAGAAGCCACGUGGUACGAGCUGCAGAUGAGGGUGUGCAACAGUGCCGGCUGUGCGGAGAAGCAGGCCAACUUCGCCACGCUCAACUAUGAUGGCAGUACAAUCCCUCCACUCAUUAAGUCAGUUGUCCAAAGCGAAGAAGGCCUGACGACCAACGAGGGGCUUAAGAUGCUCGUGACCAUCUCCUGCAUCCUGGUGGGGGUCUUGCUGCUGUUUGUGCUCCUGCUGGUGGUGCGGAGGAGGAGGCGGGAGCAGAGGCUGAAGAGGCUGAGAGAUGCGAAGAGUUUAGCUGAAAUGCUCAUGAGUAAGAAUACCCGGACUUCGGAUACCUUGAGCAAGCAACAACAGACCUUGAGAAUGCACAUUGACAUACCCAGGGCUCAGCUUUUGAUUGAAGAGAGAGACACAAUGGAGACCAUCGACGAUCGCUCCACGGUCCUGUUAACGGAUGCUGACUUUGGGGAGGCAGCGAAACAGAAGUCCCUGACAGUGACGCACACAGUCCAUUACCAGUCAGUGUCACAGGCCACCGGGCCCCUGGUGGACGUUUCGGACGCACGGCCGGGAACAAAUCCCACCACCAGGAGGAAUGCAAAGGCAGGACCCACAGCAAGAAACCGGUAUGCCAGCCAGUGGACCCUCAACAGACCGCACCCCACCAUUUCAGCACACACCCUCACCACAGACUGGAGGCUGCCGACGCCUAGGGCUGCAGGAUCAAUGGACAAGGAGAGUGACAGCUACAGUGUCAGCCCCUCACAAGACACAGAUCGAGCGCGAAGCAGCAUGGUCUCCACAGAAAGUGCCUCCUCCACUUAUGAAGAACUGGCCAGAGCCUACGAGCAUGCCAAGAUGGAAGAGCAACUGAGGCACGCCAAGUUCACCAUCACAGAGUGCUUCAUAUCAGACACAUCAUCUGAACAGUUGACGGCAGGGACAAACGAGUACACAGACAGUCUGACCUCCAGCACCCCUUCAGAAUCGGGGAUCUGCAGGUUCACUGCAUCUCCCCCCAAACCUCAGGAUGGAGGUCGAGUGAUGAACAUGGCAGUUCCAAAGGCACAUCGGCCAGGUGACCUCAUACAUUUGCCUCCAUACCUUAGAAUGGACUUUUUGUUAAACCGAAGCGGUGCAGGCACCAGCAGGGACCUGAGUUUAGGGCAAGCGUGCUUGGAACCUCAGAAAAGUCGGACCCUGAAGCGCCCCACGGUCCUUGAGCCAAUCCCCAUGGAGGCCUCCUCCUCCACGUCCUCCACGAGAGAGGGACAGCAGUGGCAGCAGGGGGCCGUGGCCACAUUACCUCAGCGAGAGGGAGCAGAGCUGGGACAGGCAGCUAAGAUGAGCAGCUCCCAAGAAUCGCUGCUCGACUCUCGGGGCCAUUUGAAAGGAAACAAUCCCUACGCAAAAUCCUACACCCUGGUAUAACAAACAGCAUGACUGGACAGCGGUUGUAAAUACAAUUUAAAAAAUUCAAUCAAAGCUACCUUUUUUUUACGGAAUUCCAAUAUUUAUAAUUAAAGAAAAUUGCCAAAAUAUAUUAAAAAAAAAAGAGAGAAAAUACUGAAACCACAGACAGUGCAAAGACUCUUCUGCUUUUUUUCUGUCUGAGUGUGAGCUCGAUCUGCCUGGGCAUCUGAUUUUUUGGGAAAGAAGUCCAGUUUUAUGAUCUUCACAGGUUAUUGCAUUUUUACUGAUUUUCUACAAAGUGCAUGGGGGACUAAUUAAACCUUCUGACUGGAAGUUCUAUCACACAAGAUUUAAGAACGAAAAUGGGGGAAAAAAUUACCCUCUUUGUGAAUUUAAAAGGAACACUGAUUUGGGGGCAGGGGGGAGACUUUAGUCAUGUUUGCACACCUUUCUUUCCCAUUAGAACCUGGGUCCUCAAUUUGACCUCCUUCUGUUGUGAAUUAGGAUGAGUGCCGUCAGUGAAGGGGUGGGGGGGAAUCAAUUUGAUUUUCUUUUCUGUUUAUUUUUUAAUUUAAUGAGACACUCUUUGCAUUUUGUCUAAGCGAAAUAAAAAAGAAAAGGUGGUCUGCCUUU